AUGCCUUCUAACGACGACCUAUCUACACAUGCAACCUCAUCUAUCGAUUUCUACUCUCUCUUGUCCCUCCCACCUACAGCCACCGAGUCAGAGAUCCGAUCCGCUUUUCGCAAGACAUCUCUGAAAUACCACCCGGAUAAAGUCGGCUCUACGCCGGAGAAUGUUGAGAAAUUCCUGCUUGUCAAGAUCGCGCAUGAUGUCCUAUCAGACCCAAAGAUCCGUGCACUGUACGAUCAGACGAGGGAGGCAAAGGAGCGAAGGCAGGCAGAGACCGAAAAGUUGGAUGCGGGAAGGCGGAAGAUGGUUAGUGAGUUGGAGAGAAGGGAGAGGGAUGCAAAGUACCCGGGCGGGGUGGGAGUGAUGGGCGUGAAGAGAAGUAGGACUGGGGAAGAGGAGAGUCCAGAACAAAAGCUUGAAAGGGAGAUUAGGAGGAUCUCGGAGGAGAAUAGGCGCAAGAAGGAAGCGAUGAUGGAGAGUAAAGAACGGGAGAGGCUUGAGGAGGAGGAGAGGCUAGUAGACGAAAAAGAGGCGCGAGAGCGCCUGAAGAAGGCAAAAGACCGCGAUGGCUUCAGGGAUCACAAGAAGGUGCCAAACUUCACGUUUUCGACGAAGACAAGUCUUUCAGAGGGGCCCACGGGCCCCGAUGCUAAACAGUCGCCGAGAAAUGGUUCGAGCUUCGAGCAAUCAGUACUGGAGAAGUUGAAGAAGGCACAGAGGGAAAAGGAGAAGAGGAAGCUAUUGGAAGCGGAAAAGCCGGCAGGGAACGGUCAAGGACCUGGUUGA